AUGAGUGGGAGAUAUGAUGGUGUGAGGGCUGGUGAGAAUGUAGCCAGGCCCAGUGUGAGGUCGCACGCGUCUUGGGUUAGCCGGCGUGUUGACAGACCCCGUACGUGGCCGGGUGCGUCCCGACGUAUGAGUGGGAGAUAUGAUGGUAUGAUGGCUGGUGAGAAUGUAGCCAGGCCCAGUGUGAGGUCGCACGCGUCUUUGGGUUAG